CUGGGGGUCGAGUCUUGGCGAUCUCUGGGCGGGUUGUGAUAUAUCAUAGCACGCGCGCGUCUGGUAUCUUUUGGUUCCCAUUUCCUCUUGCGUUCAGUCCCCUCCCAGCAUGGCUCGCUGGCUUGUAUUGGGCACCGCGGCAGUGCUUCUGCUCGCCGGUCUUACCGUGGCCCAGUCAGACAGCAGCGGUUCACCGUCCUGCAAGUACACGGACGAUGACGGUACCACCUAUGACAUCAACGUUCUGCGCAAAAUGCCCCGCACAGGCUCAACCUUGGAGUCGGACAACUACAAAACCGUACAAUAUGGUGGCUACGAUGAUGCCACCAACCAGCAACUGACUGACUACGACUUUUACAUCAACGUGUGUGGUGAGAUCAACGCUGAAGCCGAUGACGUUGCAUCGGGAGCUGGCAUGCUGCAGACUGAGCCCGGCAAGAACGGCUCGUACAUUGGUGGCACCAUCGACAACGCCCGCCUCUUCAGCCUUCGUGAUGGUGAUUUGCGAUACACCUACGGCCCAGGCCAAAAGUCUCAAUCCUGCGUCAAUUCUGGCAGUUCGGACUGCGAGGGUCGCAAAACCAUCAUCAUCUUUUUUUGUGCUGACGUUGGCUACGGGACGCCCACCUUUGCUGAUGAGAUCUCACAUCUCCAGUACCUCUUUGUGUGGAACACGUGUGCGGCUUGCCCCACCGAUUCAGAGCUGUACAAGAAGUGUGGCCCAAAGCCCGUGGAAAAGUGCAGCUUUAUUGGCGGCAAUACCGGCUUGAGCACGGGCACGAUCCUUUUGAUCAUCUUCAUCGUCGUCUUCCUUUUCUACCUGAUUGUGGGCAUUCUCUUCAACCGAUUUGUGGCCGGCAAGACCGGCUUGGAGAUGAUCCCCAACCACAACUUUUGGGGCACCCUCUUCAGUGCUAUCAAGGACGGUUGCAUGUUCAUGGCCACUUGCGGCAAGCGGGCCCCCGUCGAUCGCCCCGUUUCCUACAACGUAUGUGCACCACUUUCGCCCCGGCGCGUUGCCUGUUGCAUCUCUCCUCAUACCUCACUCUCGCUUCGACGUGAGCAGAAAAUCUACUCCACGGGCCUCGAGAUUGACGAUGACGAUAGCGACAUUGACGAUGAUGCGGAGGAAGAGAAGCUUUACUCUUAA